CUUAGGGAACGGACUCGAUGGAAGCCUCAGUUAGCUGUUGGUCAGACGAGUACGAGGGUGCAAUCAUUCGUAGAAGCUGUGCAGGAGCGAGACUGUUGUACUUCUCUCAGGCGCCAUGACUCACUCUGAAACUCUCCUUGUAUGGGAUUACGUGGCCAUCAUUGGGUACUUCAGCUUGAAUCUACUGGUGGGAGGCUAUGCCUUGUGUCGACCCAACAGAGGGACCAUUUCUGGCUACUUUUUGGCGGGACGCUUCAUGGGCUGGUUUCCGAUUGGCGCCUCACUCAUGGCUACCAACAUUGGUUCCGAGCAUUUCAUUGGCCUUUCGGGCUCCGGGGCGGCAAGCGGCAUAGGCAUCGGCGCCUUCAAUUUCAACCCCGUGUUCCUCCUGCCGCUCAUGUGCUGGGUCUUUCUACCAGUCUACAUCGCCAGCGGGGUGUGCACAGUGCCGGAAUACAUGAAGAAGAGGUUUGGCGGCCAGAGGAUUCAGAUGUACCUUGCCUUUCUCUCUCUCCUCCUGUACAUCUUUACAAAGAUCUCAGUUGACCUGUACACUGGUGCAAUAUUCAUCAACCAAGCCCUCAAAUGGGACAUUUAUGGGUCCAUGUUGGCAUUGCUGGCACUGACUGCACUUUUCACUGUGACUGGGGGUCUGGUGGCCGUCAUCUACUCAGACACCCUACAGCUUUUCAUCAUGCUGGGCGGAGCCUCCUUCAUUAUGGUCAGAGCCUUCCAAGAGGUAGGCGGCUAUGAGGCCUUGCAGUAUAAGUACAUGCAAGCUAUACCGAAGCUUACCUAUGAGAACACCACCUGUGGCCUGCCAAGAGAUGAUGCCUGGAUAAUGCUGAGGCAUCCUGUGAAAUCUGAUCUGCCGUGGCCAGCUUUUAUAUUGGGGCAGACCCCAGCCUCCAUCUGGUACUGGUGUGCUGACCAAGUAAUGAUCCAGCGAGUACUGGCAGCCAAAUCCUUGUCUCAUGCCAAGGGUGGCACUGUGUUUGCUGCUUACAUCAAAAUACUGCCUUUCUUCUUGUUUCUCAUCCCUGGGAUGAUCUCCCGUGCCCUCUAUCCAGAUGAUGUCGCCUGUGUUUUGCCAGAGGAAUGUAUGCGAGCAUGUGGAUCAAGGUCUUCCUGUUUUAAUUCAGCUUAUCCUCGCCUUUUGGUGGGAAUAUUACCAGUUGGAUUUAAGGGCAUUAUGUUAGCUGUAAUAUUAGCAGCUCUUAUGAGUGAUCUCACUUCCAUCUUCAAUUCUGCCUCAGCCAUGUUCACUCUUGACCUCUGGCCAUUCCUACGACCUAAAGCAGGGAUUAAGGAACUGUUGAUAGUUGGAAAGGUUUUCAGUGUUGUUGUUGUGGCUCUUUCAGUUGCUUGGGUGCCUAUAAUUGAGAAGGUUCAGAGUGGUCAACUCUUUGUAUAUAUUCAAAGGGUUGGUGCUUAUCUAGCCCCUCCAAUUGCUGCUGUUUAUUUGCUGGCUGUCUUUUGGAAACGCAUGAAUGAGAAGGGAGCUUUUUGGGCUCUCAUGAUGGGACUCUUUGUGGGACUCAUACGUUUGAUCCUGGACUUCUCUCAUCCUCCCCCAUCAUGCAACGAGGAUGAGUAUCGACCACUUGUGAUUCAAUUAAACUUCAUGUACUUUGCCAUGAUACUCUUCUGGAUCACUGUGUUGACAGCAGUGGUUGUUUCCCUCUUCACUGAACCUCCUGAGAGCUUCAGGGUAAUAAGGACAACAUACUUCACCAGACUGGAUGAAAACAUUAGAGAUGAUGAGGAACCAGAUGUUACAUCAGAGAUUACUUUAGAGGAUGCAAUGUCUCCACUGACUCAUGAUGAGGAGACUAUAACAGAAAAGAAAAAGGAGAGCCAUCUCCAGAAAGCCAAAAGGUGUUACAUGUGGCUAUGUGGGCUACAAGUGUCACAACACAGCACCAAGAAGUUGGGGGAGCCAGACUACAAACAAGCACUCAUAUCUCUGAAGGAAGACCCUUUUGUUAAAAAAAGUCUGAAUAUUUGUUUGGUAAUAUUACUUGCUGUUGGUGUUUUUCUUUAUACAUAUUUUUCAGUAAAUCCAUUUCCAGAGAAUGUUAAUCCAAGAGAACACCAGGUAUAAUUAAUGUGAUUAACUCCUGGUGGGAAUGAUAUAUGGUCAAGAGCUCUCUCUCUCUCUCUCUCUCUCUCUCUCUCUCUCUCUCUCUCUCUCUCUCUCUCUCUCUCUCUCUCUCUCUCUCUCUCUCUCUAUAUAUAUAUAUAUAAAAUGAGUGACAAAAUUUGGAAUAUACAUAAAGCAAUCCCUUUAAGAACUAUUUAUUUAUCUAUCUCUUUGACACUUCACUCUUCCAGGAGUGACUUCUGAAAGGGUUUUAGCCUCCACCUACCCCUAUUGAAACAUCUUUUUAUUUAUUGAAGUGCUUGUUCUCUACAAACAGCUCUUUUGUUCAAUCUAUCUGUACACCUGUUUCCCCCAUCUGCCUCGACUCAGUUCAUUUGCUCACUCAACAUGUUUAUUAAUGCCUGAAAAUGUAUUUGAUGGUUUUUUCAUCAACAUGCAAGGUAUGAAACUGAAGUAAACUAAACGCCUCCCAACUAUAAAUUCUUAACAACUAUUUACUUAAAAUAGUAGUAAUUAGUAAGCAUGAAAGAGAUGUAGACUGUUCUUAUUGUCUGGGAUAAAUGUAUAAAUAAUAUGACACUUGGCAACUUCAGUCAAGAUGAUCACGCAAAUGCAAUACCAUAGGUGGGCACUGUCCUUUUCUGAGAAUAUUGUGGGACCAGGAAUUAUGUAGCUACUCCCACUACUGGACACUUACUUAGUACAUCAACAACCACAAUGAUAUGAUUGCAAUUUUUCUGAAGGGUUAAUACUUUGACAUAGUUAUUGUUCUCAUAUUGAUAUUUUUAAAUCAUCUUAGGGGAAAGCUAACUGAUGUGGAUGAAAAGAAAGUCAGGAGGCAAGAGAGUACCUAUUAUUUGAUUUGAUCCUGCCAAAAGAGGGGUGAAAGCAACAUAGACCUGAUGGAGUCCUUCCAAUUGUCCUACUUGCAACUUGCCUAGACAAACUACCAACUCUGUCAACAUCUAUCUUUCCUUCCUUCUGGAAGUUUGCUUACAUUCAUCCUGCUCCUAAAAAGAGUGACUGCUCUAAUCCUUCAAACUACCAUCCUUUAAUUUAAUUUAAUUUAAUUUAAUCUACCCUCAACAAGAUUCUUAAAUGUCUAUCACUUCACAACUUGAUAUCUUUACUGGUGAUCUUUUGGCCUUUCUUACUGAGUCUUGGUCAUCCUCUUUUAGGGAUUUUAGUGAAACUUUUAUUGCUACCUUAGACAUAUCAAAACCACUUGAUAGAGUCUUAAGGUUCUAUCUUAUCAUAACUCUCUUCCCAUCUAUCUUCUAAGCCAAACUUCUUGUCCUAUCCAAUCCUAUACUGGUGAUACUACCCUACAUUUUUCCAUGUCUUUAUGUAGAUGUCCAACCCUUCAGAAAUAAAACAAAUUACACAGCAAAGCUACAGAAUGCCUGACUUUUAAUCUUUCUACAAUUUCUGACUGGGCCAGAGGAAAUUUAGUGUUGCUCAAUCCCUCAAAAAUUCAAUUCCUCCACUUAUAAACUCAACAUUCCAGAUAAUUAUUUCUUCUUCAGUGACACUCAAGUGUCCCCCUCUUCUACACUUGCCUAGUCUAUCCUUUUCUAAUAAUCUAAACUAGAAACAUAACAUCUCAUCACAUGAUAAGACAGCCUCCACAAAGUCAGGGGUUCUGAGUCAUCUCCAGCAGUUUUUCACACACCCCUAGCUGCUAACUCUGUACAAGGGCCUAAUAUACCCAUGUAUGGAGUACACUUCUCAUGUGAGGAGAUUUCACUCACACCUCACACUGCUCUGCUAAACUGGGUGGAAUCUAAAGCAUUUCAUCUUAUCAACUCCUCUUCUCUAACUGACUGACUUUAGCCUCUCUCUCUCAUCACCACAGUGCUGCAUUCCUUUCCUUCUACUGCUGCUUUCACACUUACUACUCUUCUGAUCUUGCUAACUGCAUGCCUCCCCUCCUCCUGUGGCCUCGCCGAACAAGACUUUCUACUUUUUCUCACACUUAUUCCAUCCCCCUAAUGCAAGAGAAAACCAGUAUUUACAAUCCUUCAUCCCCUUUACUAGUAAACUCUGGAAGUCCCUACCUUCUUCUGUAUUUCCCCCUUCCUACGACUUGAAUUCUUUCAAGAGGGAAGUCUCAGAACGCUUCUCUAGUUUUGGUUAAUCCUUUUGGCUGUUUUUCUUUGGAGACUGGCACCUCAGUAGGCCUUUUAUCUAUUUAUUUACUUUUCUGCCCUUGGCCAGUGUCCCUCUUACAUAAAAAAAUAAAUAAAUAAAAUAAAUAAAAUAAAAUAAGAUAACAUAAUAAUAAUAAAAAUAAAUAGAAGCUUAGCAUACAGCAACCAUAGUAGUGACCAUUCUAGAUUAAGGACAGAAAAUUUUGUUGUGUAGCAAAGAACUCAAGUAAAUUUUAACCAUUAUGCAUACUCAUAGUUUUACAAAGCAUCUAAUAAUUUAUGAGGUUAAUGUCAGAAAAUUUCAGGAGUGAUGUUCUGUGGGAUUAUAUCAUAUCAUUUGCCCUUACAAAGCAAGGGUAUCUAUGUACUACACUGGUCCUUCACACAGUCUUGCUUGGUGAAAAUCUCACUUUAAACAAGUCUGUGCCAAAUUUGUAAAAAAGUCAUGCACAAAAUGUUUGUAGAAAAAAUAAAUAAAAAAGACUAAGUUUAUAGAAGUGAAUAAUCAUGAUCAAUAGAGAAAAGCAACAAAAACUCAUCAUUAAUUGCUCUGAAUUAAGUUUACCGAAUAAAGAAUUAAGCUGUGGUGAGUACCCUUAAAUUUCCUGAAAAUACAGAAAUAUUAAAAAAGAAUUAUCAUGCAUUUCAGCUUCCUUGUAACAGAGUUUUAUUAAUAUGCAAAAAUAUAAGAUUUA